CAGAUAGCAGCUCCACUUACAGCUGUCUGCCCAGCACAUAAAAUUAGACCCCAGACAGUUGUAACGUAGCCUCCAGCAGGCAGAGACAACUGGAGAAAUACUCUAGAGGAUGGACCCAAGUUUUAGUCCCAGUCUUUACUUUGGAAGCUGUACAGGCUGCAGGAAAGCGGUGUACGGGGAAGGGAGAGCGUGUCGUGCGAUGGGACAUUUAUUCCACGACACUUGUUUCACCUGCUGUGUUUGCAGUGAAAAGCUCACAGGAAAGCCGUUUUAUACAGUGUCAGGAAGAAUUUACUGUGUGAAAGAUUUUAUGUACCCAGGGGUUCAUCCAUCCUCAGAAGUGUGUAACAGCUGUGGGUUUUUAUUAAUGGACAUGGUCUUGCAGGCUCGUGGGAAGUCCUACCACCCGUCCUGCUUUUGCUGUGUGGUCUGCAGACAGAGCCUGGAGGGGCAGCAGUUCACUGUGGACGCAGAGAGCAGAGUGUACUGUGUCAGCGACUACCACAAGGUCAAAGCUCCUCUGUGUGCUGCAUGCAGAGAGCCGAUACUGCCAACCGAGGGGUCUCAGGGGUCUAUUCGAGUGGUAUCAUUUGACAGAAAUUACCACCCGGAGUGCUACAGGGGUGAAGUUAACCUAAUUUGAAGACUGGUGCAGGUUGACAUACACCUGUCUGUGUUUUUCUGACAUAUUUGUUUUGUAAAUGUAAAACUAAGAAUAUAACAUUUAAGCUA